AUCCCAAAUUAUUCACUUUAUAUUUGCUCAAGAUGUUGAUAAUCUGUGCAAUUCAGUAUUUGUUGAACCCCACAAGUAUUUUGUGUUCAAAUAUGUAAGAAACUCAAUCCAGGCCAUAGUAAUCAUUGCCUACCAACUGUUUGCUAAAUUGUCUCAAAGAAGUUUGAAGCCAGGACAUUGAUUUUCAUUUUUAACCCUUUUAUGCUGUGUGGACUGAUUCAAGAUUUAGUUUUUAUGGGUUCCUACAACGACCUCAAGCUAAUACUAAGUUCACCCUUGGUGUAGAGUUGUUACUGUUUGGAUUCUUCGAUGUCGUUCGUGUUCUUGAGAAGACAACUAAUUAACUUGUCUUGUAUACUCAAUUCCCAAUGUACCUUAAGAGUGUGUUCAUAUUCCUCAAGACCCACAAGAGCUAGUCAAGCAAAUGAUUUGUUCGUGGAAGAUAGUAAACCACGUCCUGUUGCUGCAGAUUUUGGUGGUGGGGUUUUUCAUCUUUCGCCAUUGUAUAGGGAUGAGAAAUAUUCGUUGAAAGAUUGCAGGAUUGAACUAGUGGAUAAUGAGACUUGGAGUGUGUCCUCUGGCUUAGCUGAAGUGUGGAGAGGAAAUACAAAUGUUGCGUCGAAGAAAAAUCCUUCAUUUAGUCAAGAGGACGAUAUUGAUGAUGGGGUGGCCAGUUAUAAUGAUGAAGAUCCUGAUUUUGACGAUAUUGAGGAUUUGAGGAUACGCGGUAACUUGUUUUACAAGCUUGAUAAAGAUUCCAAGGAAUAUGAAGAAUAUAAGUUCGAUUUCCAUAGAAGGAAUAAGAACAAGAAUAAUGGAAAUGACUGUCCCAAAGAGAAGGAAAAUUCAAGUAACGUUUCAGCUUCUGGGGUCGAGAAAAGCCUAAAGGGUAUAGAUGAGAAGAAGCAAAGCAACAAGGACAAACUGCGCUGUAACUCUGAAUUUUCAGUGGACAGAAUGAUGUUAGAUGAUACGAAUAACCUUCAGGAUUUUCAGCUAAAGAGGUCAAGAGUUCCAACUUUUAAUCAGCUUACUGCCCCUUAUCAUGAGCCGUUUUGUUUGGAUAUUUUUGUCUCGAAAGGUUCGGUCAGUGCUAGCAUCAUCCAUAGAGCUACUAGCAAGGUCGUUGCUGUGGCACAUUCUAUUUCCAAGGAUAUGAAAUUUGACUUGGGAUCGACAAAGAAUAGAGCUACUUGUGCUGCUGUUGGGGAAGUUCUGGCUCAAAGAGCCUUGGCUGAUGAUAUUCAUAAUGUAAUUUAUACGCCAAGGAUGAGGGAGAAAUUGGAGGGGAAACUUGAGAUUGUUCUUCAGUCCAUUAUUAACAAUGGCAUCAAUGUGAAGGUAAAGAUUAAGCAGAGGAAAACCAAGAAACAUGGCUUCCACCGCCCAACAGCUUAGGUGGUCAUCCUAUAUUACUAUUCAUCAAGGCAAGAAUGUUAAAGUUGCUUAAUCGGCACACUGACAAGGAGUGGAAUCAUGCAAGAUUCAAUAGUUCGGUACUAGUACUUUGACAAAUGCGGAUGAAAUUAAAAGUGACAAGUUUUAUCAAUCCUGACAAGCUUGCAAACAGAGCAGCGUAGUAACUAGAUCAAGGUUAGAAGUGCAUUACCCUUUUUGCAAGAUUGCAGAACAUUUCCCUAAAUUCAUUGUUAAAUCGUUGGAGUAGUUACAAUAGUAGUUACAAACUUAGGAAUAAUUCUUUUAUUUCCUGCGUUUUGUAUUCUUUUCGUGAGAAAACAUUGCUGUUAAUGUAGAAAUCUGGUUUACAUGAUAGCAUUAUUUGUAAUUAGUAUGAUAAAACGUCCAAAAUAUUUGGCGAUUUCUAAAUAGACAGUCUGAGACCUUAGCACACCUUUUAUCUAUAUAGGAUCAA